UGCUUUAUAAAGCUCCGGCAUCGCGGUCGGACGGACACACUCUCUUUCUCCACGCCCAGGAUCACCGCUUCUCCCCCGGCUAAAGAAAGCUGUAAGCUGCCGGGAACCCACCCGUUGUCCUACCGACAACCCUCGCCUGCCCUCACCCUUCAGAUCUGAAUUUCUAUUUUCAUUUUUUUAAUUUUUUUUUGCGAGAAGAGACCCAGCAGAAGCAGGAAGGAUGAGCUCCGCAUGUCUGCUCGUUAAACAGCCCUCCUUCGGUGCAGCGCAGUGGUCGCGUCCGCUGACAGUGAACGGCAGCCCGGACACAAACGGCAGCCAGAGCUCACUGUGGAGGCCAUGGUUGACCACCGGAAGGGACGAGUCAGGCCGACAGGCAAGAAGCAAGCUGGCAUGUCCGUACUCCAGACCCUCAGUCCCCGGCUGCCUCUCCUCCAACGGGAAACCUCAGGCCUUCCAGCACCCAGUCAGGCUGUUCUGGCCCAAAUCCAAGUCGUUCGACUACCUGUACAGUGACGGAGAGGCCCUGCUGAGGAACUUCCCCGUCCAGGCCACCAUCAGCUUCUACGACGAGUCUGACAGCGAGGACGAGGACGAGGAGGAUGACUGGGAGGAAGAGGGUGACUCUGAGGAGUGCCUCAAGCCCCGAGCUCACUUCACCUCCCUCAACUGAGCCGGAGAAGCCUCUCUCUGCUUGUGAAAAAAAGAGGCAGCAGAGGCUGUGGUCUGCUGCUCGGCUGCAGCAACAAGUUUGGUGUUUAUUGGGCUUUGAAGCACAUUUUAUACACACUUUAUUGGCUGUGAGCUGCAUUUACAUGGGUGCACAUGACAGUUUACAGAUAAGAAUAAAUUCCACACUAUGUUAAGAAGGCAAAACAGGCGAGCAAAACAAGAAAAGACACUGAAAAAGCGAGGGGCAAAGGGACAUGGUUCCACUUUUAUUCGUUUUAGGACCUCGGUGUGAUUGUGUUUGUAGAUGUUGUUUGCCUUUGUACUUCUGUGGCAGCUGUGAUAGACAGUUUCAUCGGCUGUUAUAGGUAACCAAAGUCUGCUGCAGCCUCGUACUCAUGCCAACAUCUUUAAAUCAACGUUGACAAUGACACUGGGACACACACCAAGCUUUCUUGUUGUUUUUUGCUUAUGAGUAGCCAUAAAUGAAACCAUGCAUGAUGGAAUAUUUGCAAUUCCAUCCGUUUUCAUUGAGUUUUCUCCCCGUGUUAAGUUGUGUGGCCUCAUAUUUCUAACUGUACGUGCUGCACGCCGCUGUGGAUUGCAACACACUCACUGUACUAAGCUGUAAUCCUGUGAUAGUGUGCAGUCUGUGCUACACAAAGCAUUCAGUUUUGUUUCAGGGGGAAGCUGAACCUCUGCUGUGCUGCUCAUGUUGUCCCAUGUUGGGAUGUUUAUUAUGUUUACAGUCCAUCUCAGGGUCUCAUCCUUGCCAGUGUAUAUAAUGUAACCUACUUUCUAACUUAUAAUGAUGUAAAAUUGUACAUAAACACAUAUUUAUGUUGAACUAUUUUUUAUACUUUUUGUGCAGUCAGUUUUAUACUUAUUGUCUAAACACUGUCCAGACUGAGGUUGUCUCCAAAAAAUAAAGUAACCUAUUUUGGGAU